UUUAUGUUGCCAAGAAUACAAAUGAUGCGGCAAUUGUUAAAAUCUAAUGGAGUUUUGGCAAUUUGUAUUGAUUAUCGAGAACUGUUUAAUUUGGGGAAAAUGUUAGAUGAAGUGUUUGGAGAAAAGAAUAGAUUAGGAAUUAUUAACUGGCAAAAGACUUUUGCUUUAAAGAAUGAUAGCAAGCAUUUAUCAAACUCCACGGAAUAUGUGUUGGUUUAUGCUAAAAGUGAAGAAAGAGCGAUGACUGGAAAAUUAGAAAGAAACGAAGAACAAAAAAAUCGCUAUCAAAAUCCGGAUAAUGACCCAAAAGGUAAUUGA